AUGGAACUCACUUUUAACCACCAACUUGGCCUUGCCUGUGUCAUACUUCUCUUACCUCAUCUUUGUCUCUCACAAGACUCUUUUACGGACUCCAGAGCAACUUAUUACGGUAGUCCAGAUUGCUACGGGACUCCAAGGGGAGCUUGUGGCUUUGGAGAAUACGGAAGGACAGUGAAUGAUGGCAGUGUCGCAGGUGUGUCUAACCUAUGGAAGAAUGGUUCUGGAUGUGGUGCAUGCUAUCAGGUGCGGUGUAAAAUACCUCAAUACUGCGAUGAAAAUGGAGCAAACGUUGUGGUAACAGACUAUGGUGAAGGAGAUAGAACAGACUUCAUAAUGAGUCCACGCGGCUACUCAAGAUUAGGACGCAACGAAGACGCAUCUGCUGAGCUUUUCAAAUAUGGUGUAGUAGAUGUUGAAUACAAAAGAGUGCCAUGCAUGUACAAUGGCUAUAACAUAGUGGCUCAAGUUCAUGAAGAAAGCAAAAAGCCUGAUUACUUUGCUGUUGUGGUUCUAUACGUAGAUGGAAUGUUUGAUGUUAAUGCGGUUGAGAUUUGGCAGGAAGAUUGCCAAGAAUGGAGGCCAAUGAGGAGAGCCUAUGGAGUAGUGUUUGACAUGGCCAACCCUCCGAGUGGUGAAAUAUACUUGAGGUUUCAAGUGAGUGGAAAUGGAGGUGUUUAUUGGGUGCAGUCGAAGAAUGCUAUUCCUAGUGAUUGGAAAGCUGGAGUUGCUUAUGACACCAUGGUUCAGCUUAAUUAG